AUGGGAUCCAAGAAGCUGCAGCUCAAAAGUCUUCGGACCGGCCGCCCCCCGACGGCGAGGCCGGCGAGGUCCAUGUCACGCAAAGCGAGCCGCGCCCUCAUCAACGGCCACCACCAGUUGGAGAAGAAAAGACGCCAGGCGGCAGACAAGGGCGACAAGAAGACUGAAGAGAGUCUAUGUGCCGAGAUUGCCGCACUCGGAGGUCUGGAUCACUAUCAGCAGGCGAGUCUUCAGGGACAGAGCCUCGAGCGAGGAGGCGACACGUCAAGGGUGCUGCUCGAAUGGCUGCCGGUCCGAGAGAUGAGGGUUUCGGGCCAGCGGCUCAGAAUGCUAGAGAUCGGGUCCCUGAGCACCAGCAAUGCCUGCUCGGUGAGCGGCCUGUUCGACAUGGUGCACAUCGACCUCUGCAGCAAGGAACCCGGCAUUGUCCAGCAAGACUUUAUGGAACGCCCACUGCCGGAGACAGAAGCGGACAGGUUUGACAUUAUAUCGCUGAGCCUGGUUCUGAAUUUUGUGCCCGACACCGCCGUUCGUGGGCAGAUGCUCGCUCGAACCCUUUCGUUCCUGCGGGCCAACGCCAACGAUUCACCAAGCGGCUCGGCCAGCGUCCCGCUUCCGUCGCUUUUCCUCGUCUUGCCUCGCAGUUGUGUCACCAACUCGCGAUAUUUGACAGAGGCGAGGCUCAAGGAGCUAAUGGAGACGCUCGGCUAUGAGAUGGUCAAGGCCAGGACGUCGCAGAAGCUUUCGUACGGUUUGUGGAAGAGAACCCGGCCAAUGGCGACAGAUGGGACCAGAUUCAUCAAGCAGCAAGUCAACCCCGGUCGAAGAAGAAAUAACUUUGUCAUUACACUUGAUCACACUGCUGCCAAGCAGCCAAUCUUUCCAAGCACCAGAAGACGUCUUUCUUCAGAUGGCUGA